GUCCCUCUCUCUCUCUCUCUCUCUCCCUCCACUUCCUCAAAGUGGCCAGAGCUCCGCUCUUCUCUCUUGUCCCCUUAACAUCCCUCCACCACUCUUUUUCUUCCUCCAGCUCUGAGAGACCAGCACCGGCUCGGCACCUUCGUCUUCAACUCUACAAGUUAAAAGGAUCUCAGGCCAACUCCCAAACUUCUCCAGAAUACUUUAUUUUCAUUCUAGAUCUUUUUUUUGUUGGCCCCUCAGACCUUCCCCUCAGGAGAGGCUGGUUGGUGUGUGUCUGGUGUGUGUGCGAGGGCUCCGGUGUCGUGCUCUUUGCCCCGAGGGAGUCCCUAUAGGUUGUGACUGAAGGAGAAAAGUUUUCACCACGAUGAAUGUUCAGCUGCUGCUCCUGUUGGCCCUGGCUGGCCCUCUCUGUGCCUUCCCACAUGCAAACCACACAGAUGUCACUACAGACCCUUAUGUUGGGACCACUCAGACUGUAGCAGAAGUCACUCUUGACACUUCCGAGUCUCCAAGAGAAGACCAUACUGUUGUCACUGGUCCUCCUCCAACCGAACCAGCAACGGCCCAUCAAGAAGUCACAACAGAAGUUGUCACCGAGGCUGCGCCUGCAUUUUUUACGGUCGAAGAGGCCGUCGUUGAGACAGAGGCCUCUGUUGCUUCUACUACUGCAGCAGCACCCGAACCCCUUAUCACCGACUCUCCCAUUGAGGAGACCACAGCAACUGUUGAGGAAAUGCUUGAGAAAAAGGUUGAGGAAGCCACUGCAGCAGACACGGGUGAAGAGGUGCUCGUUGAAGAAGACACAGAGGAGGGCCUGAGUACUGGCCAAGUAGUUGGCAUCGUGAUUGGCUGUCUGUUGGCAGUGGUCAUCGUCAUCGCCGUGGUGAUUGCUGUGGUGAGGAGGAUGGGUAAAUACUCCCCUUGAGGAAAAAGCAGGCCAAGCAGCAGGAGCGCCCAAGGUUCUGGAAAUUCUGAACUACUGAGCUGUGACGUCAUUUCUGAUCAUUGAAACAAGCACGAUACCAGAACUCAACUAAUCUAACCAGACAUCUGGACUGUUGCCAAAUAAAGGGGGGGGGGGGGG